ACCAUGGCGGCGGCGGCGCCUGCUGCUGCGGCGGCUUCCUCCGAGGCGCCGGCAGCGACUGCGACGGCUGAGCCCGAGGCCGGGGACGAGGACAGUCGAGAAGUCCGAGUGCUGCAGAGCCUGCGGGGCAAGAUCUGUGAAGCAAAAAAUUUAUUGCCAUAUCUUGGACCCAACAAAAUGAGAGAUUGUUUCUGCACCAUAAAUUUGGAUCAGGAAGAAGUUUAUCGUACCCAGGUUGUUGAAAAGUCUUUAAGCCCAUUUUUCAGUGAAGAAUUUUACUUUGAGAUUCCAAGAACUUUCCAGUAUUUGUCUUUCUAUGUUUAUGAUAAGAAUGUUUUACAAAGAGAUCUUCGUAUAGGAAAAGUAGCCAUCAAAAAAGAAGAUUUGUGUAACCACAGUGGCAAAGAAACCUGGUUUUCACUACAGCCUGUUGAUUCCAAUUCGGAGGUUCAGGGUAAAGUUCACCUUGAAUUAAAACUGAAUGAGCUGAUAACAGAGAAUGGAACUGUGUGCCAGCAGCUUGUUGUACACAUCAUGGCAUGCCAUGGGUUGCCUCUCAUAAAUGGACAAAGCUGUGACCCUUAUGCAACAGUUUCUCUAGUGGGCCCUUCUAGGAAUGACCAAAAGAAGACAAAAGUAAAGAAGAAAACAAGCAAUCCGCAGUUUAAUGAAAUCUUUUAUUUUGAGGUAACCAGAUCCAGUAGUUACACAAGAAAGUCUCAGUUCCAGGUAGAAGAGGAGGACAUUGAAAAGCUAGAAAUUAGAAUCGACUUGUGGAAUAAUGGAAACCUGGUCCAAGAUAUUUUCCUGGGUGAGAUUAAGGUUCCUGUGAACGUGUUAAGAAAUGAUUCCUCUCAUCAAGCCUGGUACUUGUUACAGCCAAGGGACAAUGGAAAUAAGUCAUCCAAAACUGAUGAUCUGGGGUCUCUUCGAUUAAAUAUAUGUUAUACAGAAGACUAUGUGCUUCCAUCAGAGUACUAUGGUCCUUUGAAAACGUUGCUGCUAAAAUCACCAGAUGUUCAGCCGAUAUCUGCCUCAGCUGCUUACAUUUUGGGUGAAAUUUGUCGAGAUAAAAAUGAUGCUGUUUUGCCCCUUGUACGACUGCUGCUGCACCAUGAUAAACUUGUUCCUUUUGCCACUGCAGUGGCUGAAUUAGACUUGAAGGAUACACAAGAUGCAAACACAAUUUUUAGAGGAAAUUCCUUGGCUACCCGAUGUCUGGAUGAGAUGAUGAAAAUAGUGGGAGGGCACUACCUGAAAGUCACAUUAAAACCUAUUUUAGAUGAGAUAUGUGAAUCCUCAAAGUCCUGUGAAAUCGAUCCUAUUAAAUUGAAAGAGGGAGAUAAUGUAGAAAAUAAUAAGGAGAAUCUGCGCUACUAUGUAGACAAGCUAUUCAGUACAAUUGUAAAAUCAAGUAUGAGCUGCCCCACUGUAAUGUGUGAUACCUUUUAUUCUCUAAGGCAAAUGGCUACUCAGAGAUUUCCUAAUGACCCUCAUGUUCAGUAUUCUGCAGUGAGCAGCUUUGUAUUUCUUCGUUUCUUUGCUGUAGCCGUAGUAUCACCUCAUACUUUUCAUUUGCGACCUCAUCAUCCAGAUCCACAGACAGUUAGAACAUUAACCCUCAUCUCAAAAACCAUUCAAACUUUGGGAAGCUGGGGGAGUCUGUCCAAAAGCAAGUCAAGUUUCAAAGAGACAUUCAUGUGUGAAUUUUUCAAAAUGUUUCAAGAAGAAGGAUAUAUUAUAGCAGUUAAAAAGUUCUUGGAUGAAAUUUCAUCUACUGAAACUAAAGAAUCCAGUGGUACGAGUGAGCCUGUGCACCUGAAAGAAGGUGAGAUGUAUAAAAGAGCUCAGGGAAGAACUCGGAUUGGGAAAAAGAAUUUCAAGAAACGGUGGUUCUGCUUAACAAGCAGAGAGCUCACCUACCACAAACAGCCAGGUAAAUUCAUUGAACGCAAAGAUGCAAUUUACACAAUUCCAGUGAAAAACAUUCUUGCUGUAGAAAAGCUGGAAGAGAGCUCUUUCAAUAAGAAAAAUAUGUUCCAAGUAAUACAUAUGGAGAAACCACUCUAUGUCCAGGCAAAUAAUUGUGUAGAAGCUAAUGAAUGGAUAGACGUACUCUGCAGGGUGAGCCGAUGCAAUCAGAACAGGCUCAGCUUUUAUCAUCCCUCUGCAUAUCUCAACGGAAACUGGCUCUGCUGUCUGGAGACUAGUGAAAACGCUCUUGGCUGCAAGCCGUGUACUGCAGGGGUCCCUGCAGACAUCCAAAUAGAUAUUGAUGAAGACAGAGAAACAGAAAGAAUUUAUUCCCUUUUUACCCUCAGUUUACUUAAGCUGCAGAAAAUGGAAGAGGCUUGUGGAACUAUAGCAGUCUACCAAGGACCACAGAAAGAGCCUGAUGAUUAUUCUAACUUUGUAAUCGAGGAUUCUGUAACAACCUUCAAGACAAUUCAGCAAAUAAAAAGCAUCAUAGAGAAGCUAGAUGAACCUCAUGAAAAGUAUAGGAAGAAAAGAUCAAGUAGUGCAAAAUAUGGGAGCAAGGAAAAUCCAAUUGUAGGAAAAACAUCUUAGAGUGUGACCAACUGGUUUAGAGGAACUGGAAAAUACUAUUUUUGUUGGAGUUUGUCAGUUCAUCGUUUAUUUUGUUCCUGGUAUUUAAGAAUGAACAUUGGCUUCAGUGUCACCUAUAUUCACAUUGUAUUUAAUAUUUAAUAAUUCAAAGUAACUGUUUGGGAAUCCUGCUAUUGAUGCAUUACAAGAGAAUUUGAAACUCAAGAUUCCUUCGUAUCUUAUAUGUCAAAAGCCAUGUAUCUGCAGGUUCUUUUUAAUAGAAAGAAUCUUCCUAAAGAAGCUUUGUAACAAAAGGAGAACUCCUCCAUAGCAAGAAACCAUCUCUUCUUGUAACACUCCAUGUUCUGUGGACUUUUCACUACCAUUAGUGCCUGCUCUAUACUGCCAAUGUUAUGUUUUACUAGAAAAUCCAAUCCAUGACAAUUCACAGCUUUCCAUUUAGUUCAUCUAGACCCUCCCUCUUCAAAAAGGAAAAAAAGAUUUUUCCUUCCAUCUGUUAGUCAUGACAGAUUAUAGUAGGGACUUUCGAAAACUGCCAGAGCAUCCUUGAAGGUUGGUAGAUUUUUUUGCCUAUUUAAAGAUGUAAACAGAACUCAGACAGGAGGAAUCAGGGAACAUGUACUGUUGUGUGCAUCUUGUUUACAUUUGGGAUGAGUGAUGGCAGAUAAAAUACAGUGAGACCACUAAAUUUUUUUUCAUUGUUUUAAAUAUCAGGUACUCGUUUUCUUGAUUUGAAAGUUCGAGUUAACAUGACUUGUAAGGACAUCUCUUCUGAAAAAGAAGACACAGUAGUCAGUGAAAAAAGGUGGUGGGAAAAUCACUUGACUUCACCUGUUAUUCCAUGUUAGUAUAAGGGUCACCAUAAGGACACCCUUCUCCUAGUGUGAGGGUGAGAGCUAACUCAAGAACAGUCACUAGGCGCACUUUAAUAAUCUGGGCUGCCCCAGAUUAUACUUUAGAUACUCUGUGGUAUCUAAUCUUUAUGAUCAGUUGAAUGAUCAGUGUUUAAGUCUAAAAAUAGUGCUUUCUUGAAAAUGUUUAUAUUUCAUUGCUGUUUUCUUAUUGCCUGCUAGCCAAAUGGAGUUUGGGCAAGCAACGUUUGAAUCCUCUUUUCCCCUAAUAAUUUACUUUUAUCCUAAAAACCAUAAUUGUAAAUAAGCAGUCGAAGCAAGUUGCCUCCUUGAAGUUGAGAGGGAUACACGUUGCUUCAUCAGUAUUAAAAAACAUGGUACUCUUAUUUUGUCUUUUAAAUUUUAAAAUAUUUUCUAAAUGUGGUACUUUGAACCCUGGAGUAUUUACAUAUUUCUGUUUAAAACUGUGACUUAUUAAUGUAAGUCUAGCUAGUAGUGCUUUUUUUUUUGUUUUCCUGAGCAUAAGCUAUAUAUCAGGAUACACUUUGCCAAUUAUGUUAUUGGUGAGUAAUUGUUUUUAAAUUAUAUUGUUACUAGGGAAUUUUUUUAAAGACCAUUGACACACAAUCAAAGUUCCAUAAGUGAUUAUAACUGAGCAAUGUAUUUCUCUAAAUGACUUGUGAAGAUCAUUCUGUUUUAUUUAAGAAUUGGUCCUAGUCUCCAUUAUGGUAGGUUUAUUCCUAGCCCAUUUUAAAGACGAAUAAAAUUCAUAAAUUUUAUGAGCCUGUGUGUUCCAUAAAUUACACUGAUUUAUAAAUGUGAAAGAAUUUAACAAUUUAAUAAAUUUCUCAUUGCCGAAUUUCAUUCAGAUUGAAAGUUUCUUUUAAGAAUCUCUGAGAUGCCUACCUGAAAAGGACAUGUGAGCAUUGCCAAGUACCGCUUGUUAUUCUUUAGUGGCUGUUUUAGUCCUCUGCUCUUUUUCAAGACAAAAUAAAUAUUUUUUAAGUAUUUCUAAUACCAAAUCCCCAGUCAUGAUUGCUUUUAAAGAUCAUGGCAUUGUCAAAGGGACCAAGGCUAUGUGAACACAUAACUCUGAAUUUGAAUUCACAUGACACUUUUAAACAGCCUGUUUGACUGGAAUUAAUCAACUUAAAAGAGGUAAUGUGAAAUUAAUUUUUUUUGAAAGUCUACUGAAAUAAGAGACCGUGUCAGUAGGACCCUAAGAUAACCUAGGUACUUGCUUCCAAGGGUGUCAUUCCUCUGCUGUUACUUAUGAGUACUUUGAUCAGCUACCAGAUCUGCUUUCUCUGCCUUUUCCACACUUGAAGAAAAUACAUGACAGCUCACUUCACCCUAAAAACCUGAAAACGCUUAGAAGGAGAGAAAAGAUGAUUUAGAGAAACUCUUUCCAUAAAUGCCAGUUCUGUGCUCGCUUCGGCAGCACAUAUACUAAAAUUGGAACCAUAAAUGCCAGUUCUGGUUCUUAGUUUAGCUAUUUCCAUCAGUUGCAGUUGUGAUUUGUUCCUGUUUGUUGUGGGUUUUUUAAAAGUUUGGUUUUUUAAUAUUCAUUUAAUAAAUGAUGGCAAUAGCAAAGUUUUUUUUACCCCCAGAAAUAUAAUUUAUCAAAUUGAAUGAUUUUAUUUGCCAAAGAAAUAUGUUUAUAAUGUCAUGGGUAAUGGUUAAAUGUCAAGACUAAAUUUUCCUUAUUAUUAAAAAAAAUGAUGAAUGAUAUGGCUUUUGUUUGUUUCUGAAACCUAAUUUCAUUCAUUUAUCAGAAAGGCUCUUUCAUGCCAGGUUUUAGAAAACAGGUUUUUUUCCCUUUUUUUUUUUUUUUUUAAAGUAAAAGCACCUUUAAUUUGCUCUAACGGUACAUCCUGUAAUGACAAUGCUACAAAAAGCCUUUUUGGUGUCCUUACAGUGUGCUAAAAAUACAGGACUCAUUCUAGAGUUAAAUUACCUGUCUUGACCGAUAUUAUCUGCUUCCAUUUUUAUUAACUUAGAAAUUAAUAUGUUGCUAGUAAAUAUUGAUUUUUACAGUGUCCAGUUUGAAUAUGUAAGUUAUCAAAACUUAAUGUAGUGAAUUUGUGUAACCAUGUUGUAUUGUUGAGAAUGUAUUUUUAUUUAAAUUUUAUUUUCUUAUCAAGAGUAUUAUAAAAAUUAAAAACUUUUGUAACUGUCGCUUGGAAAUAACUCAAAUAAAUUACAAGAAGCCUGUC